AUGGACGGUUACCGGAAUUUUGCAGAGAACAGUGACGUAGCAGCAGAGCCCGCAGUGAGCCAGAAGGGAGAAGAGGGGGUAGCAGGUUCAGGUUCAGGUCCAGCACAGUGGAAAUCGGCUGGGCUAGAGGACUGGGAGCAGGGGUCCUCCUCCCAAGACACCCUUGAGUGCAAAGAAGGACGAGACAGAACAGACUCAUACUCAGCGGCAGGCAGCGAGGGUAGCAUCUCCACCUCCGUGGCGUCCCUGCCUCCGACCCUGACGGUGUCCUGUAGCUCCGCACCCAGCUCCCCAGGCUCGCGACGUUCCGUAAGCACCUUGAAGAAGUGGCUGACCAAUCCAGUCCGCAAGCUCAGCGCUGGGGCCGUCAACAUCUCAGCCAGCUCCAAGGGGGAGCGGCAGGUCAGGAAGUUGGAUGGGGGAAGCAAAUCCCCUCCUCCUAUUCCCCCCUCUAGGCACAGUCAUGACCUGGGCCUGGGAGGGCUUGGCAGACCCCUAGGAUCAGAGGACCACCUCACCACCAUACUACCCAUCACACACAACGAGAUGGAGUGCAGGUAUAGGUUGGCCAGUCCUGAGGAGCUUUCCUCAGCAACCCUAAACUCUCCCAGCUACCUGGCUGACUCACUACAGGGCUGUACUGCACUUGCCAACACACAGGAUAUUCAGUCCACCAAUGUCUGUCCAGAUGACAACGUCUCAGUAUUGAUGGAAAACACCCCCAGCCAAUCAUCAGCGGCGGCUGACAGUGAGGAGGAGAGGAGGAGUGCCUUAGAGAAGAGCAUGUACGUACUGAAGGAACUCCUAGAGACAGAGAAACUGUAUGUGGAAGACCUGGGGCGCAUAGUAGAGGGCUACAUGGUCACUAUGACUACUAAAGGUAUACCAGACGACAUGAAGGGAAAAGACAAGAUCGUGUUCGGAAAUAUUCAUCAAAUUUUCGACUGGCAUAAAGACUACUUCAUGGGCGAGCUGGAGAAAUGUAUAGCAGAACCAGAGAGACUGGCCCAACUUUUCAUAAAGCAUGAGAGGCGUCUCCACAUGUACGUGGUUUAUUGUCAGAAUAAACCCAAGUCGGAACACAUUGUCUCUGAGUACAUCGAGACCUACUUCCAGGAACUGAGACAACAUCUGGGUCACAGACUACAACUCAACGACCUGCUGAUCAAACCAGUCCAGAGGAUCAUGAAGUACCAGCUGCUGCUCAAGGACUUCCUCAAGUAUUACACCAAAGCUGGGAUGGACACAGAAGAGCUGGAGAAAGCGGUAGAGGUGAUGUGCUUUGUGCCCAAACGCUGCAAUGACAUGAUGAACGUGGGACGCUUGCAGGGCUUUGAGGGUAAGAUCACAGCGCAGGGGAAGCUGCUCCAGCAGGACACCUUCACAGUGAUGGAACAGGACAGCAGCUUUCUGUCCCGAGCCAAGGAGAGGCGGGUCUUCCUGUUCGAACAGCUGGUCAUCUUCAGCGAGCCAAUCGACAGGAAGAAAGGGUUCUCACUUCCUGGUUACACCUUCAAGAGCAGCAUCAAGGUGAGCUGUCUGGGGGUGGAGGUUCCAGUGGAGGCGGACUGCCUGGUGCUGACGUCACGGGGAACUGAUGGGAGCGUGGUACGCUAUGUGCUGCAGACCACCUCCCCAGAGGUCUGCAGGGCCUGGGUCGAUGAUGUGGGACAGAUCCUGGAGACCCAGAAGAACUUCCUCAAUGCCCUCCAGUCUCCCAUUGAGUACCAGCGGAGGGAGAGUAACAGCAAGUCCAACAGCCUGGGCCGGAGCAUGAGAGCCCCCCUGUCUGCGGCCAGCGGCCCCCUGCGCCCCCACUCUUCAGCCUCCAUCGACCGCCAGCGCCUGCCCUGCCUCCUGUCGUACAACACCUCCCUCCCCAUCCUCUACCUGCCCAGCCAGGGGGGAACCUGCCCCCAGAGACCUGGCGAAACAAACACACCCCAGGAGUCUCCUCUGGUCAGUAGGAACUCCCAGACAACAGCCUCUCAGUCUCACAUCCAGCUAGCCUUCACCGACCAGUCUGGCCUGUCUCACUACUCCAGGACCCAAACCCCCCUGCAGUGCCAAGCUGUGUCCAACGGGCUGUAUAGCACACAGAGAGCAGGAGAGGGCUGCCGUAGCAGAGUGCUGCCUGGUGAGGCUGGACCUCCUCCUGUAUCCAUCCCUGGUCCCUCGGCUGGCCGGCGCUCCAGCAACCUGGCCCAGCUCAAUGAAGAUGACCUAUGAACCGUGACCGAUGGGAGGAAAACUGGAAGGUCAUGGACCUCCACAGCUAGCGCAGAGAGAAGCAGGAGGACCUCAUCUAGGCCUAACGUCUGUUGAUGCUAUUUUAACUUUAGGGACCUUUUAAAGAUGGAUGGAUGACUCUCUUUAUGGAGCAAGGACUGGAUGGAGGCUGCUUUUUCAGACUGUUACAGGAGGGUUCACUGACAUCAUGAGAAAAAUAUCCCAGUAUUCUAAUGGAAUAUACAGUAUGGGCAGAAAUUAUAAACAGUCAUUAGAUCAUUUUUUUUGCGAUGUGAUGCAAGGUUGAAGACAUGUGUAGCACCCAGCCAGAUGAUGCGAUGGCUGACUGUAUGGAGAAAACUCUAUGGACAUCAGGUAUUAUGGUGACUGAUGACUUUGCUUGUUUUAUUGUUAGGAGAAUCUCUAUACAGUAUCUAUUGUACUGUCUAUCUACAGGCUGGGGGAUUUAUUCACAGGAAAAUAAAAUGCCAUGGGGGGGAUGGGUUACUGGAGAACUGUGUACAUACUGCAUGUCUGUAAAAUGCGUGUGUGUGUGUGUACAGGAUAGGCGGUUGCUCUUCUUGUGCCAACAUGCAGAUAAAAGGACUCCACCCUGAAGAGAACAGGACUGUCGAUCAGAACGGCUCUUUCUCUCAGCUCUCUCACACUGCUGGAUUCUUCUAUCCCUCCUUUUAAAAGACAACUAUUUGUAUUGUAUCAGGCCAUUGUCGAAACAUGUCAUCAUUCCUCCACUAAACAGGGCCUACAGUACACUAUGUUGCUGUAGUAGACAAUGAGGAGAGAGGGGAUGCCAGCUAGAUUAAUACAUUUGAUCUGUACAUAUGUAGAAGCUUGGAUUCAUCUGUUAUAGAAAAUAGCUUUUCUGCUCCUGCCGCAGUGUUUCAAAAAGACGAGAAUGAGAGAACUCCCAUGUUCUCUUUCUCUGUUUGACCAAAGCUGGCUCUUGUUUGAUCUGAAUAUUCAAUAAUAUAAAGGGGCGAGGGAGCCCCCUGGAGGCACUCUGCAGGCGUGGCAUCACUCAGACUCAGUCUUUCCUCAGAUUCAGAUACAGAUGGAUUCCUUGGUAAGUUCUCAAUUACAUACUCCUCACAUCCUCUC